GGGCUGGGCUGGGCUUCGCUCGCUCGCCUCGUCCCGUGACUCACACAGGCUGUGGAGCAACUGCAGAACCUAUUCUAGCGCCGCCCGUCUCCGGCAGUUACAUUACCCCCGCCUCCAGUUCACCGCUAACAUGUCAGAGGGGUUGAUCACAUCCAGAACAAUCCAGAAUGUGGCUACUGGAAUAGACCUGUCUGUCCCGGACUAUCAUGAGAUCCAUGGAAAAAUGAUGUCUGGCCAUGUUGAGUAUCAGAUUGUUGUGGUCACUCAUCUGGCCUCCUUCAAGUCCGCAAAGCACAAGACUAAAGAUGUUGUUCAGUUUGUGGUAACUUCUAAGGAUGCGGCCAGGGACUCCUCUGUGCCAGUUGCUUUCCGUGGGUUCACCCUCAGGAAGGCUGAUCUGACUUCUGCAGCAGUGACCCUGGGAAGAGGCGCAUUCAAAUCUGAUGGGACGGAUGUCAUUGCCUUGUUGGGCUUCUGCUCAAACUAUAAAAAGAAGUCUGCAAGAAGCACUGAGUCUACUAAGCAGCAGACAAAACACAAGUUUACUCUUUUUGAUGACGAAGUAGAUGCUGAUGCUGGGCUCUUUGAACCAGUUAAAGGUUCCACCACAACAGCCACAACAAAAUCCACUUUCAAGGAAGCUGACUUUAGGUUGUUUGAGGACCCAGAUUUGGGCGGAACUGUCCAAACCAAUGAUCCUUUAUUACUUCCAUGUCCUGGUGAGCUUAAAGGCAGCACUGUGAAUGUAAACCUUGAUGAGGACACUGAAGAAUUGUUGAGAGUUGAAGAUGACUUGGAUAAAUUACUGAAGCCGAGGGCCAGUAAUGAAACAAAAGCAACUGCGCCAACCAAGCCAACUGCGCCAACCAAGCCAACUGUGCCAACCAAACCGGCCAUGGCAAAGAAGCCGGCUGGACCAACCAAACCAGCUGUGUUCAAGAAGCCCGCCUGCCCCUCUGAAAUGAGAAACAAUCUUGCAACAGAAGCUAGUUCCUCCAGAAGCACUGUGGCUGCCAUGAAUGAACUGGAUAUUCUGAAAUACAUUCAAGAGAAUGAGACAUCGAGUACAGACACACUAGAUCUGUUUUGAACACAUUUUCUUUUUCCAAUGUAUAAAUCAAUUUCUGGAACAAUCUUUGGUUAUCUCCAUAAAAAUACAUUAAAAGUACUUUCAAUUAUGUUUUCAUUGAUGCAUUUAUGGACAUGAAUGAAAGAAAUGUAAUUGAAAAUUCUAUUUAUUUCUAUUUGAGGUAGAUAUCCUGUGUCAGCCAAAGCCUCUUUCUUAAUCAACAGAAUAGAAGGGAUAUUUUGAUUCUGCAUUUAUGGUGAGGAAGUGAACCUACCAAGUACAUGUGUCAGAAAAUCACAAUCAUCAUAUCUGCAUUUUUCUGUUAGUCUACAGACAGGGUUGGUGAGUGCUGGAAAAAUAUGACACUGUUUAAAUGGACCAUAAAUGCAAUUGGGAUACAAGGAAGGGCAGAACUGGAAUGUAAAUCAAAAGAAAACAAAUUGUGUACUUGAUUCAACAAUGCCAGUGUGUCAGGAUGUCAGGAUGCAUAUGGAAUUCAUCCAAUUCAUCCGCAUUUAUUAUUUGCAAGUAGGGAUUUCCUAAUGCUAGAUAAAUAAAUUCCUUUCACUUAUUCCAA